UCUCCCCACAAUGAUUGGUCAGCGGAAGGAUAUCAAAUCAGGAAGCCGCCAUAGCGAAUAGCGACAUACAAAAUGUAAACUGAAAUUUGUGUCAUUUAUUGAAUUUUGUCGUUUUGUUUACAUGUAAUAAUGUAUUGUUUCCAUCAAUGAAUUUAUUUUUGUUUAGAAAAUGCAGUGACAAGGAUAUUACCAUACGCUGAAAGUGUCGAAAGACCUGUUGACAAUUUUUCUUGAUUUCAACUGUUUUUGUGAAAAUGGAUUUUUUAAAAGGUCUUGUCAGUAAAAACAAGAGACGGCACAAAGUUGACGGAUUUGAUCUAGAUCUCACAUACAUCUAUCCUAACAUUAUAGCCAUGGGAUUUCCUGCAGAGAAGCUGGAGGGAGUUUACAGAAACCAUAUUGACGAUGUUAUUGAGUUUCUAGACACAAAGCAUAAAGACCACUACAAAGUAUAUAAUCUAUGUACAGAAAGGUCCUACGACCCUGACAGAUUCCAUGGUAGAGUUGUAGCUUAUCCAUUUGAGGACCACAAUCCACCGAGAUUAGAGCUAAUAAAACCCUUCUGUGAGGACCUGGAUGAAUGGUUGAAGAAAGACAAGGAUAACAUAGCAGCCAUUCAUUGUAAAGCAGGAAAAGGAAGAACUGGUGUUAUGAUAUGUGCCUAUAUGUUACACAGAAACAAAUUUGAUAACUGUAAAGAAGCACUGCGGUUCUAUGGCCAGGCACGAACACAGGAUGAAAAGGGAGUAACCAUUCCUAGCCAGAGACGCUACGUAGAAUACUAUGAAUAUUUAAUUAGAAACAAAUUAGAUUACAAGCCAGUAGCAUUGUUGUUAAAAGGCAUAGAAUUUAUAACAGUUCCCAUGCAUAAUGGAAGUGGAUGUUCUCCGUUUUUUGAAGUAUAUCAACUUAAGGUGCGAGUAUACACAUCAAAAGUUUACGAAGACAUCAAAAAGGGACAAACAUCGUUUUACAUGCCCAUAGAACAGUCAGUACCACUGUGUGGUGAUAUCAAAGUUGUAUUUUAUAAUAAACCAAGAAUGAAAAAGAAGGAUAAAAUGUUUCAAUUUUGGUUAAACACAUUUUUUGUGGAGGCAGACGACAAGCCAAAAGAAAAUGGAAGGAAAUCUUGGGCAGGAGAAGUUCCAGGGUCCAGUAAUUAUUACACAGUGACUAUUCCUAAGUGUGAACUAGACAAAGCUAAUAAAGAUAAGGCUCACAAGUUAUUUAGUCCUAAUUUCCAGGUCAAACUUCAUUUCACCAAUCCUGAAAAUUGUGGAUUAUACAACUCUUCAUUAAAAGUCCCUGAUCAGCAAGGAUUACGACACCGAUCAAAAACAUUAGAACAAAUAUGUGAUAAAAACUCCACUUCCAAUCACUCGGACCAUAGUGUGGACGGGAUGCCCCAUUCUAUAACGGCACUGACACUUAACUCUCGAAGAGAAAAUCAGUCGCCUGUGAUAACGCGGACACGAUCACCUAGUCACAUGACUCACGAACGACCAAAAUUCACGUUGCCGUCUAACGGGGAGGGCAGUAGUGACCAAUUAAGUAGUGAGGCAAAUAGUGACACAGACUUUGGCGAGGAGGAUUUGUCGGACACGGACGACGAAGAAGAAUGGAAUGAUCUAGAAACGACUGCUGUUUGAUAAAUUAUCUAUUUUUAUAAAAUUUAUCAUUUUUCGUCAAACAUUAUAAAAAUCCCACAUUAUGUUGUUGUUGAGUUAUGUCAUAUUUUCCCCCAUUGUUACAUAGCCAUUAGUUGUUUCAUCUAUGCUCAGCAUUUUGUUUUUUCUUCAUUAUAUGGUCAUUACAAUGAAUAGUCAAACAGAAAUUCUUUACUUGAAGUAUUUCUAUAUAGUUUUUGUGUAUCUUUCAAGGCUUUUCAAUUAACAAUAGCAUCUUCUUAAGGAAGGCAGAGUGGUAACUGAUGGUCUUUUAUAUAAAAGUGAUAAUUAUCUUGGUGCAACUUUUGUUAGAAUUCUUUGGCAGCUUUGCAUAGAAGUGAAUUCAUUGUACCUUCCUUGGGACAUGUUAUAUUUAAGUGAAAUAGCCUUAAAAAAUUGUUCUUGUUGACAAAUUUGUCGUUACAUAAACAUGAUAAACCUGCCUAAAUGAUUUUUUAUUUCAAUUCAUCUCAAAUUUUCCGAUCUCAAAAAACAAUUUCUAAAACCUUAAAAUGUAUUUAUUAUAUCAAUAAGUAAGUAUAAAAUUACAGAUUAUAAAAUAAAUAGUGCUAAUGAUAUGUUUGACCGUUUUCAUCCAUUUCGUUAUCUAAUUGAUUAAUUCUGGACCAAUCAUGCAAUGAAUCAAACAUUUGUUAAUCUGUCAGGCUGAAAUUUUUUUUUUACUGGAAAAUCCUUUAUGAAGAUACUUGAGAUUGACUUUCGCCCUAAUUUUCAUUGUCCUUUUCAGCAGAUUAAGUAAUGUUUUUGGAGCCAUGCCAAACAUUUUAUUUUUGCUUUCUUUACACUUUUUUCAAUCACUGUUUAAUGUCAAGUGACUUAAGUGAAAAGUAAAUAGGAUACAAAAGUGCUGUUCUAGUGCAAUUGUCUUUGAUCUUUGAAAGAGUUUAUUUAAUUCUCAAGUUAGUAUGCUUUUCCUGUAUAGUUUUAACAGUGUGGAAAUUGCAAACCUAAUUUAUGGAAUAUUAACAUUUUUAGAAGUAUUUUGAUAAUCAAACUAUAUUGUUUUAUUUUGAUAAAAAUUGAAUACUUUGUACACAUUCAUGACAUGGUUAAUUCAAUAUUUCUUGAAGUUUUUUUUAAAUUGCCUCAUUCAAUACAAUGAUUAUUCUCUAUGCUUAAAUAAAAGAAAUAUUAAAGAAAUUCCAAAAUUUAAGUUGAUAUUGAACACCUACAAGAUUGUUCAUGUUUUUAGAAACAAAAACGAAAAAAAAGGAGAAAAAAAAGCAAUAUUAAAACAUAGAAAACAUUAACUGUUCCCAAAAAUUUACAGGGGUCUUUGAGGGUAUUUUUUCAAAUGUCCAUACAAGUUAUCAAGUGCUUGAUGCUAAAAUAUGUCCUUCUCUCAACCACUCAUAGAAGUUUAUUUGCAUGUACAGUCUAAAACACUCAGAUAAUUAUUUUGGAACAGACCUUAAAGAAAAAAGAGGGAAUUUCAUAUGAUAGAAUUAUCUGUACAUUGUAUAUAUUUUUGCUUCUUUGUGAAAUUUGCUUUUUUUCCAGCUUUUGUGCAUGCAAUAUUUUUAUGUGUUCACAGUCUGUAAUUUUUUUGUGCUGAAUUUUUAAAAUUACCUAAAGUUAUUCUAAAGUCCAUGUCUGUUGAAGAAUCAGUAUGUUGAGAAAUAUGAUGAUAAUUAACAUCGAAUUGAAUUCAGUGCAAAAAAAAAAAUAAAUUAGUUUUAGAAGUAUCUUGUUUUAUUUUAGUUUUUGAUCUGAUCACUAGAAAUAUGAAUUGUGUAGACUGCACUGUUAUUUAACAAAUUAAGGGAGAUAACUUAGUAAAGAUACAUUGUAUAUCAUAAAAAAUCGUCUCACAUUCCUAGGUUCUGUUAUGAAAAAUAAAAGACCAACAAUUGCAGUCACAGAGCAGUGCAAGAUAAAAUGUUUGCUUCAUUAUGUGUUUUUGUUUUUGUUUUUUUACCAUGCUUUUAUAUUUCAAAUUUGACUGAUUCUCAACAAGACCUUUACUUAAAAAAAGGUCAAGGGUCAUAUUAAAUCAAAAUAUAGUUGUUAUGCAAUAUUGCAUGUUUUUGUUCUAAAAGAUUUUCAUGUCAUAAUUUGGAACUGCCAAAAAGACUACCCCUAGGAUGAUUUGGUGAGUUGGUCUAUUGUUUUUAAUUUGUUCUUAGUGUUUCCAAUUAUUUACAAUUCUAACUUUUUUUUGGUUAUCACAAAUACCUUAUAUGUGUCAAGACUGUCUGACAUGGUUUCCCCAUUAGAUUUUAAUGAUGGAGGGACCAAGAAUAUUCUUAUAUUUCGAAUUAUAUUAACUACGAAAUUAAAAAAAAAAAUUUAUGAUUCAUGAAUUUCUAAUCAGAUACAUAAAAAUUAGAAUAUCUACCAUUGUCUACCAAUAUAUUUUAGUAAUAGCGAAAAUGGUGUUGGAACUAGUUAAGAGAGUGCUAAAGGUUUCUCUUUUUAUACGCCGGUUUACGGGACGUAUUAUGGUAUACCGUUGUCCGUCGUCAACAUGUCGGACAUUAACUCAAAAAUGCUAAAACCAAUUUGCAUAAAACUUUGGUGAAUUGUUUAUAUCUAUUGACGUGAGCUCCCUAUCGUUUUUUAUCAACUUUAGAUUUUAUGUUUCCAAGUUAUGGGGAUUUAUUCAUUAAAAAAAGGGUGAUUUGCCAGUUUUCGGACAAUAAGUCAAGAAUGCUUUCACCAACUUGCAAGAAAUUGUGGUGAAUUGUUUAUAUCUAUUGACAUGAGCUCCCUUCUGAUUUUUAUAAAUUUUAGAUUUUACGUUUCCGAGUUACAGGGUUUUAUUCAUAAAAAAAGGGGGGAUUUUCCAGUUUUCGGACAAAAACUCAAAAAUGCUUUCAGCAAUUCUUAUGAAACUUUGGUGAAUUGUUUUUAUGUAUUGAUGUAAGCUCCAUUAGAAUUUUAUAAAUUUUACAUUUUCCAUUUCUGAGUUAUGGGGUUUUAUUCAUUACAAAAAGGGGUGAUUUUCCAGUUUUCGGACAAUAACUCAAAAAUGCUGUCAGCAAUUCUCAUGAAACUUUGGUGAAUUGUUUAUAUCUAUUGAUGUAAGCUCCCUUUUAAUUUUCAUAAAUUUCUAAUAUGACAUUGAGAAUUAAUUGAACUUAUUUGUUUAUAGUCUGACAACAGAUUUACUACAUAUUGCAGUAUUGCACAACAGCAAGAAAUCUUUAAUUGAACAUAAAUUCAAUUCAUAUAACCAAUUUCAAGUUCUUUGACUACAUUUAUUCAGAAACCUAAAAUAUGUCAAAUAUUUAAUUAUAAUCCAAAAUCAGACCUGAAUCAAGCUUGAAUAUUGUGUCCAUUUUUGCCCCAACUGUUCCGGGUUUGACCUCUGGGGGCGUAUCUAGCUGCGCUCAGCGAAGCAGUUUAUUCUAUUCGUGUUAUCCUCAAAACAUUUUUAAUAAAGUAAGUACGAGAUCAUAAUUGCCAAAAGUUUGAAUUGUUGUUGUAUUUCUACUUAAUGAAACAGAGAUAUACAGUGAUCGUUGUGUCUUACAAUCCAUUCCUUACACAAGUGUAUUGUUCUUUGUGCAUCUUCAUCAUAUAGGUAAUGGGAGAUAACUCUUAGAAAUCACUGUAAUGCUUGUGUCAACAAAUUUUAUAGGUGCAUUCUGUAAAGCUUUUAAGUAACACAGAUUAAAUCAAUUCUGUUGAAUGAUUAAUAAGCUUUUAGGAAGCUGCAAAUUUCAAACAAAUUAAUGGUUUAAUAACUUUUUAGAGUAAGAGUGAAGUUUUUAUAAUUAGGUCAAUCUCUAAAAAAAAAAUGAUCGGUGAAUGAAAUCAUAGUUGGUUGUACAUGUCUGUUAAAUGGGGGUUACAAAACCUUGACAUAAUUUUCAUGUUAUAUUGAUCAACUCAUCUUAAUUUAAUGAUAGGCCAAUAGGUCUUUUAAAUCAUUGUUAUGUAUACAGGUCUGUCUGACAGACGACACCUGACCUCAACCUCAAUUUCAUGGUUCAAAUUAUGUAUUCAUUACUGUUUUGUUUUUCAAACUGAAUUUUAAGGUUUCCAUAUAUAUAUACCAAAACAUUGACUUUGCAAUUUAUUUAAAUGUAUCUUUAUUUCAUCUGCAUAUUCUCUAAAUUGAAUACUAGUAGAUUUAUCAAUUGAACUUUGAACUUAGAAUAUCUAUUGCCUCUCUAUUGUCCCUCCUAUUUUAGUUUUAAUUAGAAUAUUGUAUAUGUUUUUUUUUUAAUAACUAAGAACUUUGUUACGGGAUUAGUUCCAGUACGUAGAUAGGUAUAUGAAAAUUAUGAGCUCGACUCACACAUCUAACUUGCAUUUAUUCAGGGACAAAAAAAAAUUAUCACAUUUUUUUGUUUAAUUCAUAGGUAAGAGAUUAUUUUAUAUCUAUUUAAUUAUCAGAAAACUGCUUAAUGUUACUGUAGAAAUAGAUUAGGUAUAUUUUUAUGAUUCUUUCGUAUUGUUAACAUUUUUUGUUACAUUGUAAACAGCAAAAUUUAAUCAUUAUCAACAUUCAUAAAAACUUAGGUUAAGGUACCAGUAGGUGUACUGGUACAAUGUAUUUACAAUUUGAAGGGAAAGUGUCACAUGGGCUGUUCCAAAAAUAAUUAUUUGGAUGUAUGACAAGACUGUCACAAGAGAUUUCAAAUGGGCCAUAUAAAGAGAUGGUAUGGGUUUAGGGUUUCUUGACUGACCAUAAGUUUUUAUGAGGGUUUCUUUCAAAACUUUUCACCAUCAAAUGAAUUUUUUUUCCACUAACUUAUUUCAUUAAAAUUGUGACUGCAUGUCAAGACAUCGCCACUUUGACAAAUUGCAAAUGGAAAAAAGUUCCAUAAAGUGGUAUUUAUAAUAUCAGAACUGAAAUUCUUUUUUUCAAAGAUUGUGACCAAAAAAAAAAAAACACUAUUACGAAAGAAACUCUAAACACACAUAUUUGUUUUUUGGCCCAAGAAUUUAAACACUUCUUGAAUUCUUACGUAAAUUUUAAAAGUUGCAUACAUCCAAUAUUUUUAUUUGAGGAACAGUCUGCCAAAAGUUUUGCCAAUUUGUUAAAACCUCAUUUAAACAGAUAAUAGGGCUAUUGUUAACAUUGAUUGUUAUUAACAUUGUUAAAUCUCUGUUUUAUGUUUUUAAAAUAAAGUCUCAGGUAGGUAGGUUAUCUCCCCUUGUAAUUGCUAUCAAAGUUAUUAAAUACUGUUCACAUUAAAACUUUGUUCACCCAAUAUAUAUUUGAAUGUUAGGUCAUAUGAUAUGAUAGUGACAAAAGGAAGUUAAAAUGAUUACAUAGAUAGAACAGAAUUAAUUUUUGACAUAUCCUUUGUUCAGAUGUUUCACAUGGGUCUUGAACACCAUUUUAACAGCUAAAUUUGGGACCAUGCUAUUAUUACACAUUCAAACUUUUAAGCUUUGUCAAGCAACUUUCUCAUUGCAUGUUUGAAAGAAGUCAUUUAAAGAUCCUUCUUUCUGAUUUCAACAGAAUCCUAUGUACCAUUUCACAUUGUUGAGAUAUCUCCCUGUAGAAAUCUUAAGAAUUGUGGGUUAAAUAAUUCCAUACGCACCAAAAAAAAUAUCACUGUAUCAUUCGUUAUAUAUUCAUUGUUUAAUAAAUUAUCAUCCAAUCAAAUCAUGAUGAAGCAUUUGAAAAUGUUACUCACAACUAAGUUAAAUUCAGACACAACUCAUUUUAAGGGGGUGCAGAACACCUAAGGGAGUUAACUCUUCAAAAAUCAGCUGAAAGUUUUAAUCACAUUCUUUUAGUAAAGAGAAAUCAAGCUUUUUAAUGAUCAAAAGUAGUGUUUGUCAAACUGCUAUAUAUCCAAUUCAAUUAUUCCUGUAAAUUGUGAUGUUCAAAUUUCUUAAAAAAUUAUUUUUUUUGUCAAGUCAAAGUUAAUAUUUUGUCCAAAUUUUAUGGAAAUUAAACGAGUCAAAUAUAUUUUAAUCAAAGUGUUUGGUACCCCUUUAAAUACUUAAUUGAUAUAAUUGCAGUCCCAUUAAAAUAUACACAGCAAUAAGGCAAGACAAUAUCCUCUCUGAAUUAUUUUUUUGGAAUGACAUUAUUAAAAACUGUUCAAUUACUUUCUGUGUUUGGCUGCUUGAUUUCCAAAAUUUCUACCUGUGUUUCCUGUAUAUUUUAAUGGAACAGCCCUAUAUGGUUUCUAUAGUAACACUUUGUACUAUAUUGUAUGGUUGUGUAUAUAGAUGUUACAAAGUCUAGCCUUUGAAUGAUAGAGAUAUUUUUAUGGAAGAAUUUUGUAUGACUGUUUGUUAUUAUUGCCUCAUAAAAUGCUGUUUAAAAGAAAAGGAAA